GCUUUAGAUGGACAGAACAUCUACAAUGGCUGCUGUACCUUGCGCAUCAGCUUUUCCAAACUUACCAGCUUAAAUGUCAAAUACAAUAACGACAAGAGCCGUGACUAUACUCGCCCGGACCUGCCCACUGGGGACAGUCAACACGCUAUUGAACAUCAUGCUUUGGCUGCUGCUUUUGCUGCUCCUGGGAUCAUCUCAGCUACGCCAUAUCCAGGAGCGCACGCCUUCCCUCCAGCUUUUGCUAUCCAGCAGGCUGCAGGGUUUGCAAUACCUGGGGUUCCCGGAGCCCUCGCCUCACUGGCCAUUCCCGGGACAGCAGCGGCCGCUGCGGCUGCAAGCAGACUGGGCUUCCCCUCCUUCCCUGGCACCCACUGCGUCAUGCUGGUCAGCAACCUGAACCCUGAGGUGUAUAUGGGGAUGUAUUGAGAGUGAAAAUCAUGUUCAACAAGAAGGAGAACGCUCUCAUACAAAUGUGUGAUGGGACACAGGCUCAGCUGGGUAAACAACCUUAAAAUGAUUACAAUUUGCUUGCAGAAGGAGCAGAAAUUUUAUAU